AUUGUCCUAUGAGGCUGCAUGACCCCUUAUCCUGUGUCUGGAUAGCACUGAUUGGCCCUGUGCUGAUCACAGGCACUCUCCCAAGAAAAAAAAAAAUACUCUCUAACAAUAAACACCGGACUGAGAAUGUGUAGCUUGCCCCCAAGGCUCUGUUUUUUCAGGAGAUAGAUUGGAGAUUAGGAGACAGGAUCAAACAUCCUUUUUACAUAAUACAGAGGAUUAACCCCUUAGGUUCCACAGUGAGUAUAACAAGCAUGCUUUACUGCAUAUACAGACUGAUUUUACUGUUGUGGGUUUAG